AUGAGUAGUGAAGAGAGUGGUGAAAAGCGUUUAGACCAAGAUGGUGUGAAGGAAGAGGUUACCAACAAUGAAGAGAAGCCGCAAGUGGAGGAAACGACACAGAAUACUGACGGAAGACAAGAGGAGGAAAAAAGAGAUGAGAAUGAGAAUGAGAAUGUAGAUGCUGGUUCCCAAGAGCCAGCUGCGAAUGCAAAUCAAGAUCAAGAUCAAGAUGCAAAUUCAAAUCAAGACCAAGAACAAGAACAACAAGAACAAGAACAAGAACAAGAACAAGAACAAGAACAAGAACAAGAACAAGAACAAGAACAAGAACAAGAACAAGAACAAGAACAAGAACAACAAGAAGAAGCACAGGGGAGCCACAAGAGACCUCGUGAGGAAGCCGAAGGGGAGAAUGAUGAUGAGAAUGGCGACGAAAAUGGCGAAGAUGAUGACGACGACGAUGAUGACGACGAUGAAGAUGAAGAUGACGAAGAUGAAGGUCCUUCCAAGAAACGUAGAAGAGAGAGAAAUAAGUUUUUGGAUAUUGAAGCCGAAGUGAGUGAUGAUGAAGAAGAAGAUGAAGAUGAAGAAGAUUCAGAAUUGGUUCGUGAAGGUUUUAUCACACGAGGUGACGAUGAAGAAGAAGAGGCAGCAGGUGCUCAAAGGGAUGAUAGGCUCCAUAGACAGCUGGAUCAAGAUCUAAAUAAGUCUUCAGAAGAGGAUGCACAACGUUUGGCAAAGGAACUUAGAGAACGUUACGGUAGGAGUAGUUCUAAACAGUACCGUGCCGCUGCUCAAGAAGGUUACGUUCCACAAAGAUUUUUGCUACCUAGUGUCGAUACUGCAAUCAUAUGGGGUGUUCGUUGUAGACUAGGUAGAGAAAAGGAAUUGGUUAAGAAGCUGUUGAAGAAGAAGUUUAAUUUGGAUAGGGCUAUGGGCAAGAAAAAGUUGAAAAUCAUGUCUAUUUUCCAGAGAGAUAAUUAUACUGGUAGAAUUUACAUCGAAGCUCCUAAACAAUCAGUCAUUGAAAAAUUUUGUUACGGUGUUCCUGAUAUCUAUACCAGUCAAAAAUUAUUGAUUCCUGUGCAAGAACUACCACUACUAUUGAAGCCAAGUAAGUCUGAUGAUGUCUCUCUAGAAGAAGGUAGUUAUGUCCGUAUUAAAAGAGGUAUUUAUAAGGGUGAUUUGGCAGUUGUGGAUCAAAUUAGUGAAAACAAUUUAGAGGUGAUGUUAAAAAUUGUGCCCCGUUUAGAUUACGGUAAAUUUGAUGAAGUAGAUCCAGUUACAAACCAAAAGAAGGGUAGGCGCCCCACGUUUGCCCAUAGACCACCAGCUCAACUGUUUAACCCAACAAUGGCAUUAAGAUUAGAUCAGGCAAAUUUGUACAAAAGGGAUGAUAAUCAUUUUGUCUACAAAAAUGAAGACUAUGUGGAUGGAUAUCUGUACAAAUCUUUCAGGAUUCAGCAUGUGGAAACCAAAAACAUUCAGCCUACUGUGGAAGAAUUAGCCAAAUUUGGUUCCAAGGAAGGUACUGUUGAUUUAACCACUAUAUCGCAAACUAUAAAGAAAAGUCAAGCAGCUCGUGUAACGUUCCAACAAGGUGAUCGUGUUGAAGUACUAAGUGGUGAACAAAGAGGUUCUCGUGGUAUAGUAGUAAAGACUUCUGGUGAUAUUGCUACCGUUAAGGUACCGGAUUUCCCACUGAAACCAUUAGAAUUCCCAGUAUCUACUUUAAGAAAAAUCUUUGAACCUGGUGAUCAUGUUACCGUGAUUAGUGGUGAUCAUCAAGGUGAUGCAGGUCUUGUUGUAUUGGUACAACAGGGUCAAGUUACAUUUAUGUCGAAUCAAACCAAGGAGGAAAUUACCAUUACCGCUAACAACUUGACAAAAUCUAUGGAUUCCACCCCAACGUCAAGUGAAUAUGCAUUACACGACAUAGUGGAGUUGAGUGCUAAAAACGUCGCAUGUAUUAUUCAAGCUGGUCAUGAUAUUUUCAAAGUUUUAGAUGAAUCUGGUAAAGUUUCCACUAUAACCAAGGGUUCCAUUUUGAGUAAAAUCAACACUUCCAGAGCUCGUGUAGCCGCCGUAGAUUCCAAUGGUAAUGAGAUUAAAAUCGGUGAUACUGUGGUAGAAAAAGUUGGUGCACGUAGAGAGGGUCAAAUUCUUUACAUUCAAUCGCAACAGAUAUUUGUUAUGUCCAAGAAAAUAGUAGAGAACGCCGGUGUAUUUGUUGUUAAUCCAAUGAAUGUGGAAGCUGUUGCAUCAAAGGACAAUAUAUUAAACAGCAGUCUGGAUUUGAGUAAAAUGAAUCCUGAAGUUUUCUCUAGAAUGGGACCACCAUCAAAGAAUAAAUCACCACAACCGCAAUUCCGCAUGGGACGUGAUUUGGCUCUUGGUAAAACCGUUAGAAUUCGUUCGGCUGGUUACAAGGGUCAAUUAGGUAUCGUCAAAGAUGUUAAUGGUGAUAAUGCAAGUGUUGAAUUGCAUUCUAAGAACAAGCACGUUACUAUUGACAAACGUAAAUUGACCUAUUACAACCGUGAAGGUGGUGAAGGUGUUACUUACGACGAAUUGAUUAACAGACGUGGUAAAUUACCACAAGGUAGAAUGGGACCAAGUUAUGUCAGCGCUCCAAGACAUAUGGCUACUGGUGGUGUUGCCGGUGCCAAUGGUCCGCCAUCGCACGGUGGUAUGACCCCGGGAUGGGGUGCAGAUGGUGGAAAAACACCUGCAAUCAAUUCUCAAGGUUCGAGUGGUGGUGCUUCCACUUGGGGGGCUGGUUCCACUUGGGGCGGUACUUCCACUUGGGGUGGUGGUCAAGGUGGUACCUCUACUUGGGGUGGUACUUCCACCUGGGGUGGUCAACCAACCCGUGCUACUUCCACUUGGGGCGAUGCCUCUGCUUGGGGUAACAAAUCAAGUUGGGGUGGUGCAUCCACCUGGGCCUCUGGUGGUGAAAGUAAUGGAGCUUCCUCUGCAUGGGGGGGUCGUGGUGAUAAGUCCGCCUAUGGAGGUGCGAGCGCCUGGGGUGGUGGUGGUGCUGGUACUGGUGGUAACUCAUCCACCUGGGGUAGCAAUAACCAAGGUUACAGUUCCACCUGGGGUGGUAAUCAAGACGGUAACAGAUCAAGUUACGGUGGUGGUACCACCUGGGGUGGCCAUAAGUAA